CUGUGAUUGAUAUUAUUUUGGCCUCGAGAAGACCAUCUACCACUCGCAUUUAUCAACAUACCUGGGUGGCUUUCUCCAAGUGGUGUCAGUCCCACCACCACAAUCCAUCCCAGGCCAAUGUGCACCAGGUGCUCCAAUUUCUCCAUAGUGGCUUUAUGAUGGGACUUUGACCCAACACUCUACGUCGACAUGCGUCUACUCUGUCAUCCAUUCUCUCAGUGUCCUCUCCUGGAGAUCAUAUCUCCUCACAUCCGUUCAUCAAACGUUUUUUGAGGGGAGUCGCCCUACGUUCUCCGGCUGUUGUCCAUCGGUUCCCCUCAUGGAGUUUGCCGAAAGUUCUGCAGGCCUUGCAACGCCCUCCGUUUGAACCCAUCAGGACUGUACCCCUACGUAUACUGUCCUUCAAGGUCCUGUUUCUGAUCGCAAUCACAUCUGCCAGACGCGUUUCGGAGUUGGGCGCAUUGUCUUCUGCUAGACACCUCUGCGUCUUCCAUAAGGACUCUGUUGUGCUGAAGACUGACCCUUCCUUUCAUCCCAAGGUCGAUUCAGUUUUUCAUUGCAACCAGGACAUUGUUUUGCCUUCCUUUUGCCCGAAUCCUACCCAUCCUCUCGAGAAGGCUUGGCAUUCGUUGGAUGUCCGGAGGGUUCUCAAGAUCUACCUGUCUAGGACCCAAGAGAUUCGACGAACGGAGUCUCUGUUUGUAUCCUUUCAUCCAAGGUCUAUGGGGCAUAAAGUAUCCAAUCCUACCUUAUCCCGUUGGUUAAGGGCAUGCAUUACUUUAGCAUAUGAGUCCCUGAAGCUGUCAGUUCCAGCUAGUAUAACGGCUCAUUCUACCAGGUCAGCUGCCACCUCGGCUGCUUUUGCCACUAAUGCUCCUGUUGCCGAUAUUUGUAGGGCUGCAGUCUGGUCUACCCCACACUCGUUCAUAAGGCAUUAUAAAAUUGAUCGUUAUGCCUCUGCUGAUGCAUCUUUUGGCAGACGAGUGUUGCAACAGGUUCUUAAUGAGGAUUAACAUGUGGGUGGUCCCUCCCUAUAUGGGUUGCUUUGGUACAUCCCACAGUGAUGGCCCACCUCCUAUGGAAAAUGUACCAUUGUUCUCACCUGAAAGGUGAUUUUCAUAGGAGGGGGCCAUCACGACCCUCCCAGCUGGAGGAUGACUAGACUUUUUAUCAAUGGGUUACAUGUUAUUGUUACGCUAUUAUAUUUAAAUGUAAGAGUGAAGUCAAGACUUUUACCUCUGUUAUGUUAUGUAGUUAUGUUAGAGUCAUGUUGUUAUGCAUGUGACUAUUAUGUUAUUUUCCUGGCGGGCCUGUUGGCCUUGUUCUUGUAUUUUUAGAUAUCUCUUUUUAGACUCACUACGAAUGAACUGGAGAGUGGGAGGGGCAUGACGUCCCUAGUCUUGACUUCAAAAACAUUCUUGCCUUCGCACGAUAGGUGGAACUAUUUCCCACAGUGAUGGCCCCCUCCUAUGAAAAUCACCUUUCAGAAGAGUCACCGAAGGAAAAGACCCAGGAGUGUAGAGGAUGAUGUGGAGGGUCACCUGAUCUGUCAAAGUGGAGACGUACUAAGAGCAAGAUAUGAAAUUAUUUCUACUUUAGGGGAGGGUGCUUUUGGAAAAGUAGUAGAAUGCAUUGAUCACCACAUGAGAGGGAUGCAUGUAGCUAUAAAAAUUGUGAAAAGCGUUGGUAGAUACCGAGAAGCAGCUCGUUCAGAAAUUCAGGUAUUGGAGCAUUUAAAUACCUUGGAUCCCAGCAGCACCCGUUGUGUACAGAUACUGGAAUGGUUUGAACAUCAUGGCCAUGUUUGCAUUGUGUUUGAGCUACUGGGACUCAGUACCUAUGACUUUAUUUCAGAAAGUAGCUUUUUGCCUUUUCCUAUUGAACUUAUUAGGAAGAUGGCUUAUCAAAUUUGUCAAUCUAUAAACUUCUUGCAUCACAAUAAAUUGACUCAUACAGAUCUGAAACCUGAAAAUAUUUUAUUUGUAGAAUCUGAUUAUAUAGUAAAGUACAAUUCUAAAAUGAGACGGGAUGAACACACACUAAAAAAUACAGAUAUUAAAGUUGUAGACUUUGGAAGUGCAACAUAUGACAAUGAACAUCAUAGCACUUUAGUGUCUACAAGACAUUACAGAGCACCUGAAGUUAUAUUAGCACUUGGGUGGUCCCAACCCUGUGAUGUCUGGAGCAUAGGAUGUAUUCUGAUUGAAUAUUACCUUGGUUUUACAGUCUUCCAGACACAUGAUAGUAAGGAACAUCUGGCAAUGAUGGAGAGGAUGCUAGGGCCUCUGCCUGUGCACAUGAUUAAAAAAUCAAGGAAGCAUUACUUCCAUCAUAAUCAGUUGGACUGGGAUGAACAUAGUUCUGCUGGUCGGUAUGUUAGGAGAUGGUGUAAACCUCUAAAGGAAUUCAUGCACUGCCAUGAUAAAGACCAUGAGAAUCUUUUUGACCUUAUUCGUAGAAUGUUGGAGUAUGAUCCAGUCAAGAGGAUUACUCUAGAUGAAGCCUUGGAGCAUCCUUUUUUUGAACCCUUAAAAGAUGAAUUCAUUUGAUUUUAUUCUCUAAAGACUGUGUCAAUCAGCAACCUAGUGUGAGAUGUUGUAAAUAAUAAAUUAUUUUGUACAAUUGAUUUUGUAAAUUCUACCAUACUUUUUUUUUAUUGAUGCCGUUCUUGUUGAGCAGUUACAGUAUUGAUCAUGGAUACAUUAAUGUACACAUUAAAUUUUUUCAUUUUUUACAAGUGAUUGCACUUUUUUGAACUACUGUUAUUUUGAAUAUUGUAACAUGGUUAAAUAUUGCUGAACUAUUUUAAUACCAAGUGUUUUGGGUACUGAAGUCAGUGUUUGGAAAAGGUGUUUUGUUCAGGCUCAACAUGUUUCCUCUAAUCAUGGUAAGGCAGAUUUAAAAUGGUAUUAACAUUUUAAAAUACUACAGUAUUUAAGGUGAGUUGUAGUUUGCUUGCUUGCCAUUUUGUAUUUCAGAAUAUACUCCUCAGCCAUUUUUAUUUAAUGGGUAUUUGGCAGUAAACAUCUAGUGCCGAUCACUUCUUUUUAAACCUUCCAUUGUUUCCCCAUUUUUCCAGAAUUUUAGUGAGAAUCUCACCGAUAUAUAGAAUCUUGACCAUCAGUUCCUGGAAAAACUAUGGUCUCUUACAUCAGUGCUGCUGAGACUGCAGAAUUAAUCACAUUGAUUUGUAAAAUCUACCUUGCUUAAAUUUUGGAGUGGGGGUUGGUAACGCCAAGUAUAUAAGCUUAGUUAAAAGCAUCAUAGUAAUUGGGUGAAAGCCAAUGGUGUUCAUGUGUGAGCUCUUAUGUAUAGGACUUUCCUUUUUCGUCCCACCUCCAUGCCUCAAAAUCUGCUCCAGAGAGUUGUGAUCCUCUGGAGUAUAUUGGGGGAGAGGGUCUACAGGGGAAAGGUAAGGGUAGUGUAGUUGGGUGUGCAGAAGUUGACUCUCCUGCUGUUAGGUUGCAUCCAUUAUCUUUAUGAAUAUGCAUACAUUCAAAGAGAGGUAGAAGACUGUACUGUACUUGAAAGUGAUUGUUUCUUGUAGGCAGAUGUUGUUUUUGGUGCUUAAAUAAUGGGUGUGUGGAUAAAAAGCCCACCUUUACCGUUGCCAUAACUUCCUAGAUGGACCUAAUUUCUAAUCUGCUAAUGAAACCUGAAAGUACAACUAGAAGUAUUACUCAGAUUUUCAUUAUAAAAACUGGCAUGUGUCCAGACAUUCUUUAAUUUUAGAUUUAAGAUCUGUUACAUCACUUGGACUUAUAAGAUGACCCUUGUAACAGGAUGCUUACAUUAACAUUCUGUAAAGUGACUUCAGCCCAAAGAAAAUAAUAAAUGUACUUAUUUACAUGUA